UUGGAGAAUGAAGAAAAUUCUUUGGAUCAUGCGGGAUGUGGUUGUCCGCCCGAAGCGAGCGUUCAUCCGUGCAAAUGGGAAGAUUGUGAAGAAAGUUUCGCAAAUCAUUCUGAACUUACGGAUCACAUUGUAACAGUUCAUGUUGGCAGUGGAAAGGCGAGUUAUACAUGCAAAUGGAAAGGUUGCAAACGAGCCGACAAAGUGUUUGGACAAAAACAAAAAGUUUUAAGACAUUUGCAAACACAUACAGGAGAUCGUCCGUUCGAAUGUACAAUUUGUCAUAAACGUUUUUCGGAAAAGAAUACUCUCGCUCAACAUAAACGAACGCAUACGAACGAAAAGCCGUACGUAUGCGAUCAUCCGGGAUGCGGAAAGGCUUUUGCAGUGGCGGGCAGUCUAACGAUUCACAAAAGAACACAUACCGGUGAAAAACCUUUUAAAUGCCCUUGGCCAGAUUGCAAUAAAGCAUUUUCUGAGAGCUCAAAUUUGACAAAACAUCAAAGAAUUCAUACUGGCGAAAGACCAUUCGUUUGCCCUUUCCCUGGUUGCGACAAAUCAUUUAGCAGACCGGAUCAAGUCACCCGUCACCGUAAAAUUCAU